GCUGCACUGGUCAAAUUGGAAAAACAAAAGCGCUACAUGCUGCGCCUGUUUGACAAGAUUUAUGGGCGCCUGCAUGCCCUGCUGCGCUCCGAAAAUGGCGCCAUGGGCGAUGACUCCAGAGCAGCAGUAGCAGCGGCACCAGAACCUCCCACUCCUUCGCAUGCUGCGACAGGACAGACAUCGGAGGAAGCCGUCUCCUCCUGGGAAGAGCACGCAAGGAAGUUGGAGGCCACAAUCAGCGCAAAGAAUGCCCUGAUUGACAACUUCAGCACCCUACUCACAGACGCCCAGAAGAAAAUCAAUGACCUUGAGCAAAAAUGCACAGACUCGGACUUUGCAAAACGCAGCAUGGCCGAGAAGUUGGAGGAGGCUGAAAAGAGCCUUCGCACAAUGAUAAUAUCUGCUGAAUCGGCGCCUGCAUUGCUCGAACUGGCCACGAACGAGACCCCGGCAGCAGCAAGAAAAGCCGCUGUGAUAGAAAUAGCAAAGAUAAUCCAGGGAGAGGAGGACGGCCAAGAGGAAAGCCAAUGGGGCGAAGCCCUAUCGGAAGACAGGAUAAAGGAAAUACUGAGAGAGAUGAAGACAAGGACAGACGCAGAGAUGGCUGAAAAAGGCAGAUUAUUAGGAAACCUGGCAAAAUUAAGAGAAAAAACACAAAAACUAGAAAAAGCCAUGGACGAGAAGGAAAAAGAGGGCAGAGAGAUUGAAGACAGACAGAGCAGAGAAGACCUAGAAAAAGCAACCCUCCAGGCAAGGAUAUCAGACAUCCGUGCAGAGUUGGAGGAGUGCCAGGCUGCACUGGCGGCCGCCUCAAAGCGGCUGGAGGACGCUGAGCGUGAUAGGAAUGCUUUGCGAGACCAGUUGGAGGAGUCGACGGCAACGCUGGCGGAUGUUGAGAAGAGAAGGGAGGCAUUAGAAGAAGGUAGGAGGGAUUCGGAAGAGACUGUGGAGCAGAUGAGAGGAGAGAACGCGAGACUGUCGGAGGAGUUGGAAGGAUUGAAGGCG